AUAUCAUUCAUAAAUCAAAAAUAAAAAAAAUCAGUAUUAAUUUCCAUAAAUAUAUGAAUUUCUUUAGUGGGAAGGUUUGUUGAUUUGAUUAACCAAGUCAGACCACAAUCCCUCUAAUUGCCAGGCUUUGCUUAACCAGAGAGAGAGGAAGACAGAAGAACAGGAGGAGAGAGAUUUUUAUUCCAAUUCAAUUACCUAAUCAUCUGUUUCUUCUGCUUCUUCUCAAUAUCAUCAUCAUCUUUAAUAAUUCAACAAAAUGAACGAGAAAGCCCACGUCACCAAGGAGCUCAACGCCAGACAUCGCAAGGUUUUGGAAGGGCUUCUUAAGUUGCCUGACAAUAGGGAAUGUGCUGACUGCAAAACGAAGGGUCCAAGAUGGGCAAGUGUAAAUUUGGGCAUCUUCAUAUGCAUGCAGUGUUCUGGAAUCCACAGAAGUCUGGGGGUGCAUAUUUCGAAGGUGAGAUCAGCAACACUCGACACAUGGCUUCCGGAACAGAUUGCAUUCAUUCAGUCCAUGGGAAAUGAAAGAGCAAAUAGUUAUUGGGAAGCAGAAUUGCCUCCCAAUUAUGAUCGAGUUGGAAUUGAGAACUUCAUCCGUGCAAAGUAUGAAGAAAAGAGGUGGGUUCCAAAAGAUGCUAGUCAUGGAUCACCGUAUAGCGGAGGGGAAAAAUACACGCCUUCACAUCAAUCAAGAGUGGAGGAAAGGAAUGGGCAUGUAAAUGCCAACAAACCUGUUAAUGUGAUCGAGGAGAGGAAAAACACUGUUCUUCCUAGUACUAGGGAGAUCAGGUCAGCAGGGAGAAUAAGUAUCCCAUCCCCUCCAAAAGGAAUUGAGCAUUCUGCUCCAGUUCAUCAGCCUCAAUAUGAGAUACAGAAACCUGAAGCAACUGUUCAAGAACCAGAAGUAAUUGAGCAGUCAGCUAACACAUCUUCAGCCCCCCCUCCUAAAGUUGAUUUUGCUACUGAUCUUUUCAACAUGCUUUCUAUGGAUGAUCCCGGUGAAAGUCCUCCUGAGAGUGCCAAUAAUGAUGAUAAUGGCUGGGCAGGAUUCCAAUCUGCUGGGCAAACGUCAACUUCUGAGAAAGCUGAAGUGAAGAAGGAUGUUGAAACUGGCAAGAAAUCUUCUUCUGAAUUUGAAGAUCUAUUUGGUGAUUCUUCAGUAUCCACUACUCCAGUUAUGCAGCAACCUCAGAAAGAUGCAAAAUCAGAUAUUAUGAGCCUUUUUGAGAAGUCAAACAUGGUAUCACCAUUUGCUCUUCAUCAACAGCAAAUAGCAAUGCUGGCACAGCAACAGAGUCUUCUUAUGGCUGCAGCUGCUCAAGCAGCUAAUGGGGCUUCAAAAUCAAACGUCAAUAUGCAACAACCUGGAUUAAAUGGCACCAACAUGCCGACUCAAAACUGGCCAGGUCUUGGGUAUCAAAUUCCUGGUUUAACUAUGCAAUCAGCUGGUCAGAAUGAACCGCCAAAAUCAGUUCAGGUUGGGAACCCUCCGUCAAUGCACCUAACAGGAAAUCCUUCCUCUUUCCCAGCAAUGGGUUUCUAUUCUAUAGGUCAAGCUAUGCCUGUCAAUGGCGCAGCUGCUGUUGAAACGAGUAAAAGUUCUGCAGCAUCUGCAGUUUCAACUGGGACUUCAACGCAAAAGACAAAUGAUUAUGACUUUUCGUCACUAACCCAAGGGUUGUUUUCAAAGCGAUGAGUUACCCUUGGAAGAGUUUUCUGUUCAAGUCGUCCUAAUUAGGACCAGAAAAGUCGCAGGGAGAUGCAAGUUUGAGAGCAAUAUCCUCCAUUGGUUUCUGUAAAAACUAUACGUAGGGCAUUUUUAAACUGUUUGGUAUGGCUCUUUUGUAUGAUUUGUGCUUGAAAUGUAAUUUUUUUGGUGGGUCAAAUAAGGAUGAGUUUUGACAGACCAAACCAUUUGUACCUUAUGAUUUAGCUUCUCUGGAAUCUUUCUACACAACCGAUGAUUCUGAAUUUCUUAUGAUUCAUUUUUAUUCUGUAGAUUUCACCAUUACUGUCCAAUUUCGUCACCUUGGAUUUUAUACUGAGCGUGUCAUCUCAUAUUCGUAUCUCUA